CCGGCUUCCGCCGACGGCGCUGGUGGGCGAUCGUGAGGCGCCGGAGGACGUUCCCAGCGGCCGGAGCCAUGGAGAUGCCGCUGCCGCCUGACGACCAGGAGCUUCGAAAUGUCAUCGACAAACUGGCCCAGUUCGUGGCUCGCAACGGGCCCGAGUUUGAAAAGAUGACGAUGGAGAAGCAGAAGGACAACCCGAAGUUUUCGUUUCUGUUCGGGGGCGAGUUCUAUAGUUACUACAAGUGCAAGCUGGCGCUGGAGCAGCAGCAGCUCAUCUGCAAGCAACAGGGCCCAGAGCUGGAGCCAGCCACUGCCAUGCCCCCCCUGCCCCAGCCCCCGCUCGCUCCUGCAGCACCCAUCCCACCAGCCCAGGGUGCGCCAUCUAUGGAUGAACUUAUCCAGCAGAGCCAGUGGAAUCUGCAGCAGCAAGAGCAGCAGUUGCUGGCCCUCAGACAGGAACAGGUUACAGCGGCCGUGGCACAUGCAGUAGAGCAGCAGAUGCAGAAGCUCCUCGAGGAGACCCAGCUGGACAUGAAUGAAUUUGACAACCUGCUGCAGCCCAUCAUUGACACAUGUACCAAGGAUGCCAUCUCGGCCGGGAAGAAUUGGAUGUUCAGCAAUGCCAAGUCCCCGCCACACUGUGAACUGAUGGCUGGCCAUCUCCGGAACCGUAUCACAGCCGACGGGGCACACUUUGAGCUGCGGCUGCACCUCAUCUACCUGAUCAAUGAUGUGCUGCACCACUGCCAGCGCAAGCAGGCCCGGGAGCUGCUGGCUGCCCUGCAAAAGGUCGUGGUGCCCAUCUACUGCACCAGCUUCUUGGCCGUGGAGGAGGACAAGCAGCAGAAGAUUGCCCGGCUCCUGCAGCUCUGGGAGAAGAAUGGCUACUUCGAUGACUCCAUCAUUCAGCAGUUACAGAGCCCAGCUCUGGGGCUAGGCCAGUACCAGGCAACACUCAUCAAUGAGUACUCCUCAGUGGUGCAGCCAGUGCAGCUGGCCUUCCAGCAGCAGAUCCAGACCCUCAAGACACAGCAUGAGGAGUUUGUCAACAGCCUGGCCCAGCAGCAGCAACAGCAGCAGCAGCAGCAACAGCAGCAGCAACAGCAACAGCAGCAACAGAUCCAGAUGCCGCAAAUGGAAGCUGAAGUGAAGGCCACACCCCCACCCCCCGCCCCACCUCCAGCCUCUGCGCCUGCCCCAGCUAUCCCACCAACCACACAGCCCGAUGACAACAAACCUCCCAUCCAGAUGCCCGGUUCCUCCGAGUAUGACACCACAGGAGGGGUCCAGGACCCUGCCACUGCCGGCCCCCGGGGCCCUGGACCCCACGACCAGAUCCCACCAAACAAACCCCCAUGGUUUGACCAGCCUCACCCUGUGGCUCCUUGGGGCCAACAGCAGCCUCCCGAGCAGCCCCCCUACCCGCACCACCAGGGCGGGCCACCCCACUGCCCACCCUGGAACAACAGCCAUGAGGGCAUGUGGGGUGAGCAGCGGGGGGACCCUGGCUGGAAUGGCCAACGUGAUGCCCCCUGGAACAGCCAGCCUGACCCAAACUGGAACAGCCAGUUCGAGGGCCCCUGGAACAGCCAACAUGAGCAGCCACCCUGGGGUGGGGGCCAGCGUGAGCCACCCUUCCGCAUGCAGCGGCCACCGCACUUCCGGGGCCCCUUCCCACCCCACCAGCAGCACCCACAGUUCAACCAGCCGCCUCACCCGCACAACUUCAACCGCUUCCCGCCCCGCUUCAUGCAGGACGACUUCCCCCCACGGCACCCCUUUGAGCGACCGCCCUACCCUCACCGCUUCGACUACCCUCAGGGGGACUUCCCUGCCGAGAUGGGCCCCCCUCACCACCACCCCGGUCACCGCAUGCCUCAUCCUGGGAUCAACGAGCACCCACCCUGGGGGGGGCCCCAGCACCCUGACUUCGGCCCUCCUCCCCAUGGCUUCAACGGGCAGCCCCCACACAUGCGGCGACAAGGCCCUCCCCAUAUCAACCACGAUGACCCCAGCCUGGUCCCCAAUGUGCCCUACUUCGAUCUCCCCGCUGGGCUGAUGGCCCCCCUUGUGAAGCUAGAAGACCACGAGUAUAAGCCCUUGGACCCUAAAGACAUUCGCCUCCCACCCCCCAUGCCACCCAGUGAGAGGCUGCUGGCAGCUGUAGAGGCCUUUUAUAGCCCACCCUCCCACGACAGGCCCAGGAACAGUGAGGGUUGGGAACAGAACGGCCUCUAUGAGUUCUUCCGAGCAAAAAUGCGCGCCCGACGGCGGAAGGGCCAGGAGAAGAGGAACAGUGCGCCCUCCAGAUCUCGCAGCAGAUCCAAAAGCCGAGGGCGUUCGUCUUCCCGCUCCAACUCGAGGUCCUCUAAGUCAUCAGGCUCAUAUUCAAGGUCAAGAUCGCGCUCCUGUUCACGCUCCUAUUCCCGUUCCCGAUCCAGGAGCCGCAGCCGAUCUCGCUCCUCAAGAAGCCGCUCCCGCUCCCGCUCCCGCUCCCGGUCCAAGUCAUACUCCCCAGGAAGGAGACGCCGCUCACGGUCUAGGAGUCCCACUCCACCUUCUUCAGCCGGGCUGGGUUCUAAUUCAGCACCUCCAAUACCUGACUCCCGGCUCGGGGAGGAGAACAAAGGCCAUCAGAUGCUGGUGAAAAUGGGCUGGAGUGGAUCUGGCGGCCUUGGUGUGAAGGAGCAAGGGAUACAAGACCCCAUCAAGGGCGGUGAUGUCCGGGACAAAUGGGACCAGUACAAGGGUGUGGGCGUGGCCCUGGAUGAUCCCUACGAGAACUACCGCCGGAAUAAGAGCUACUCCUUCAUCGCACGCAUGAAGGCCAGGGACGAGUGCAAGUAGGCAAAUGGCGGUGGCAGAGGGUAGGGACCACUGGGCGCGCAGUCUCCAUCUUUGGGGAGCAACAGGAGAGGGGACUUUGGCACACCUAGUGACAAACACCAUGCCCAACAGCGGCAAGGCCUGGACUCCCCUACAAAGCAGCUCUGCCGCAGAAGCCAAAGGCCCACGAGAUGCCCCAGCCCACCUGGUGUGAGCUCCCUGCCCGUGACAGCAGCUGGCGAACACAAGAUCCUCCACCCCAGACACGCCUGAUGUCGAAGGAACAAGCGUGCCUCCCUUGGCAGGCAGCCCUGGGCCUCUUCAUCAAGAGGGCGUGUGUGGAGCCAAAGCAGACCAGCAGGACCAUGGACAGGCCACCCACCCACCUCCCCAUCCAUGCGUGAUGCAAAGCUCAGGCAGGCGUCAACACUGCUCCUCUUUAGAAAUGGAAAAAACAAAACCUUUUUGAUUUGUAAAGUUAAACAGGGUUUUUAUUUUUACCCCAAAUGGUUUAUUAGUUUUAGAAAGAAACUUAUUACUGAUCGAAAAUGACCCCCCUGAAAGAAUUGGAGACCUGGUCCCUCUGAGACAUGCUGGCCCUUAGUUCAGUUAUUUUAGUUGUUGAAGUUGAAUUUUCCCCCUGAAUGUUAGCCAUUUGCUAUUACCUGCAGAAACAGGUUCUGAAGAAGCUGAUCUGAGGCAUCUUCAGGUUAGGGGAUGAUACCCCAGAGAAUCAAGCCCUCAGUGUGUGGUGUUGCAUUUUCUCUUAUGAGCCCAGCACCACUGCCUACGUGGUGGCCACUCAGACCCAGUGGUGGGGAGGCCGGGCCAGCGGGGAGCCACCUCUGCCCAAGCCACUGGGCCACCAGUGACUGUGUCUAUGGGCAGCGUGUUAAGCGCCGCUUAUUUGUACAGAAACAUUUUUGAAAAAUUCUUUUCAAUAAGAUGCAAAAUCCUUUCCAACUUUUCAAGCUGAUGUGGUAAAAUAUUUGAUUUUGUUCUAGAUUUCCUGUAGCUGUGAACUGUUCAAACGUGUCUGAUUCAGGAUAAAACAAAAACACGUGCUGUUAACAAUUUCUUGUGGAUUUUACUGUUUUGCCUUCAAAUAAAGAUUUUUUUUUUAAA